AUGGACACAGCGGCCAUGAGCUCGCGUCUAAGACAACUUGCCAAAGAACUUCAAGAUUGUCAGGAUACCGGCGUUAAUUUGCAGCCAGGCAACCCAGAUGAUUUAACUCAUCUCGUGGCUUCCCUGUCAAUUCCACCAGAUACACCUUACUGCGGAGGUACUUACACCAUCAACGUAUUAGUCCCUGAUGACUAUCCGUUUACGAAGCCAUCAAUGAAGUUCAAUCAAAGGAUAUAUCAUCCGAAUGUCAAUGCAGGAGCCCCAGCUACAGAAACUGAUAGUGCUAGCUACGGGGGGUACAACCGCAAUCUGAUGGAUCAAUUCGUCGCUCUGGGAUAUGAUAAAGACGCCGUGGUAAAGGCAUUCGAGUACGUUGGAAUUGAUCGCAAUAAUGGCGAAGACUAUAGUCUUGAGGAAGCUUAUCAAGGCGAUAUUCUGGCAAAGCUCUCCAAUGUCUAA